UCAGUGCACCUCCAUCAAAACUUAGAGCGAAACUAUUGCUUGCUUUCAUAUGGCUACUGGCUGCUGUCCUGGCUACUCCAAUGGCUGUGGCUCUUAGUGUGACAUAUGUCGAUGAGCAUGACCAGUCUGGACGGGUAUAUAAAAAACCUUUCUGCAAUAACACAAGACUUUCAAAUAAUGGAAUGAUGGCAUACAGGAUGAUCCUAGUGUCAGUGCAGUACUUGACGCCUCUUUGUGUUAUAUCAUAUGCAUAUGCAAGAAUGGCUCUGAGACUUUGGGGGUCCAGAGCCCCAGGAAAUGCUCAACAUUCAAGAGAUGCAAACCUCAUGCGGAACAAGAAAAAAGUGAUAAAAAUGUUAGUGAUUGUUGUUGCUCUAUUUGCAAUAUGUUGGUUACCACUACAAACAUAUAAUGUACUACAAGACAUUUUUCCUCAGAUAAAUGGGUACCGCUACAUAAACAUCAUUUGGUUCUGUUGUGACUGGCUGGCAAUGAGUAAUUCAUGCUACAACCCUUUCAUUUAUGGUAUAUACAAUGAAAAAUUCAAAAUAGAAUUCAAACAGAGAUGCCCAUUCCGCCAAUCAAGAAGAUGGAGACCGAGCUUCGGAGGAGAUAGCAUGGAUCUAGAUAAAACACUUCAUCGCUAUGGAAGCAUGCACCAACCGACAAGAUGGGUUCGCUAUUCAUCAAGGCGCCGCUCAACUUUCUCACCCAGUCAACAUUAUGUCUACCACUGUGCCAACUCCAAUGUGGUUCAUCACCACAGUUCACAUACUGACAUAGAAGAGCUAUGCCUAUAAGCUCAUGUUGUAAAUAUUAAACGCAUAUCGUUAAGAUUUCUACAGGGUCAAAAUACAGAUGAAGAAAGUAUUUUAAAGUAAGGCGCUGUCUGAAAAAUACCAAAGAUUUCACAGGCGAUUGUAUUUUAUUUCUGAUAUUAUUUAUAGAUUUUUAGCUAUUUCAAAUUCUGUAUAAAUCAUUAUCAAUAAUUAAUUGUUAUCAUUUCAUACUCUUGUAAAAGUUAUGCUGAACAAAACAAGUUAGGAAGAGGCUGGGAAAAG